UAAAAUAAAAAUUAUUCAAUAAAAGUGCAAAAAAAAACUAUAAAAACAAAUUAGUCAGAGAAACCCAAGGCAGCAAUCAGUUCCACACUGUGAUUUGUUGCCAUUAAAAAUGCACGUCAACAAAAUGUUGCAGCUCCUGCCGCUAACCGCAACUGUGCUGUUGUCUACCCUAACGGCAGCAACAGCAAUUUCCACAAUUAAUGGCGGCGACAGCGGUAUCGGUGACUCAACAGCAUCUGCCAUGCAAAUAGAUCCAACACUGAGAAACUCAAAACUAAUCGAAAGCAAAAUAAUCCCGGAUGCGAAUUUCUUGUUGUCAACAGCACACAGCGAUAAAAACACAAGUGACAGUGCUGCGACCCCCGCUACGACUCCCACUGCCGUUGCUGCCGUUGCUACUGCUGCUGCUGAAAGUGAUGACAAUGAAAAGUGGCAACAGGUGCGCCAUUUCGUGGAGGAUGGCCUACCAGUACUGGAGUCAUACGGUUAUAAGUCAAAAAAGGACAUUCCCUUCACAUUGAUAAUACCAAAAAUGGAUUUGCGUACAAUUGAAAAGCCACGAUUAAAAGAGUUCAUGUUGGAACAUCUCAUACCUGGCAAAGCGUUCGAUGACUACCACGGCGAUGAAGAUACAUAUGGUAAUGCAAAUGGACAUAAAAUCGUUUUUCGUAAAUUGGAGAAAUCUCACAACAAUGUCUGGCUACUGAAUGGCUUCCAAAUACUACAUAAACUACGCAUAAACGAAAACCUAACAGCCAUAGCCAUUGACGGUUAUUUGGGGGACCGAAAGUCGCCCUACUCGAAACGAAACAUACAAGAAACAAAUAGUCGCUAUAAUGAACCACAACGUUUGGAAAUGCGUAAUGCUACUAAUACGCACACUAAGAACGAGCCCAUAUUAAAAGAAUCCAAAGCUAGUCCAUUGAUGUUAUUCUUGUCCAACAUGAAGAGUGGCACAAAAGUGUUUCAACAUUUCUUAUCAAAAAGUAAUCUGACACAAGUAAUGGAUGAUGGACCAUAUACUGUACUUAUACCAGCUGAUAAUGCUUUCCAGCGUUGGCAUCCGAUCGAUUGGGGUUUCUAUCCGUUCAGCGUGCAAGAGUUUACAGAAGGAGUUUUACGGAACCAUUUUUUACCUAUGCAACGACCCUUACGGAUGUCGGAAGUUAAAAAUGUCGAUCAAAUGGUUGUGCGCACGAUGGGCGGCGAGAAUGUAAUUUUCCGUGGUCAACCUACCCCAACUGUGAAUAAUGUCUCCAUUAUGUCGGAUUAUACGCUUUAUAAUGGUAAUCAAGUGUUUAUUAUUUCAGAAGUACUUUUUGUUUCUGAAGCUGUUGUUUCGAAACUUCAUCAGAUGCAUAAGGACAAAGAAACACCACCACUUCUGGCUUUUCCAUGGUUUGGUGCACAAUUCUUAUCACACUCAUUUUUAGCAUUAGAGCGUGAUCCGCGAUUUACGCAAAUUACAAGAUAUUUGAAUAAUGCGGAAAUAGCACCUCAUGUCUCAGGUGCCAAUUACACAUUUUUCGUGCCAGAAGACAAAGCCUUCGAACGUAUCGGUUUCGAUCGACUUUCAGAUGAAGCCUUAGGUUCGCAGCGUGGCAUAAAAAUGUUAUUGCACCAUUUUGUACGCGGACGUCUCUAUGAUAGAGAUCUUCGAGAUAAUGAAGUCUUUGAAACGAUCGGUGGCGGACAUAUAAAGAUUACACGCCAUCCGGGCAGUAAUUUGACUAAGGUGAAUAAUGCACAAAUCACCGAAAGUGAAGUAUUCGUUUAUAAUUUGGGAACCAUGUUCUACAUCGAUGAUAUGCUGUAUUCGCAUUUGCUACGCGACUAUGCAAUAAAAAACACAAAAACGAAAACUAAUAAUUCCGGAAAGGGUAGUAACAGUAGUGGAACUACAGGUGAUAGUACUGGUACGAGUGGUAUUGAUAUUGAACACACAACAACAACAAGCACACCAGUAGAUGUUGAAAUUGUACCGAAUGAAUUCUUUACCGAGCAUAGCGGCGGAAUCGGUGAUUUCGCGGCACACGAAGAUGAUAUGGAUUUUGAGGAUGAAAUUAUAACGCCGAAGGCAUUACCCGUCCAAACUUAUGAUUUGCCGAAGUAAAUUGAAUGUUGAAGCGAUUGUGUUAUAUAUCAUUUAUUGUUUAGACCUUAAAUAUUGAAAUUUGUGUGAAUUAUUUUUAUUUUU